CACACAGAAGAACCCAGUAUGACCCUUCUGUGUAGUAUUCAAUGACGUGCGUGUAAACAACGGGACAGAGUACAAUAUAAGCUCUGGAUAUAAGCACCUUCCUGCUGUCCAAGGUCUUAUCUCACACAGCCAAUAGCACCAUGGCUUCCUCCGUCCCUUCUCUGCCUCCACCAAGCGAGAAACAAGCAUACUGCGAUAUCUCUGCCCUCGAGGGCGGCCUCAUACACAUGCCAUGUCACAUGUUCGUCACCACCGCACCCGAGGACGAGAAGAAAGUCGUCCCCUCGCUCUCCUUCCUCGUCACGCACCGCAACUCCCAACGACGUAUCGUCUUCGACCUCGGUAUCCGCAGCGACAUCGAGAACUACCCCGAAUUCACGCGAAGGCGGUUAUCAGACGUCUUCAAUGCAGGUGUACCGUGUGAUGUGCCUACUGCGCUUGCGAAGGGUGGUUUGAAACCUGAAGAUAUCACCCAUGUGUGCUUGUCGCAUUGCCACUGGGACCAUACGGGAAACCCGAGUUUGUUUAGUAAGGCACAGUUCAUCGUUGGCGCUGAAGCGGCGACGCUUUUCCAGCCUGGGUAUCCUGAAGACCCGAAGAGCGUGUUCCCGUCUGACUUGCUGCCGAAGGGACGUACGGAGUACUUUGACACUACUACCGAGAAGUGGAGGCCUAUUGGCCCGUUCCCUCGUGCAUUGGACUACUUCGGUGAUGGGUCCGCGUACUUCAUCGACGCGCCUGGACACUUGGCGGGCCAUAUGAACCUGUUGGCACGAACGUCACCGGAUGGCGGAUGGAUUUAUCUGGCUGGAGACGCAGCACACGAUUGGAGACUUGUACGAGGCGAAGGAGAUAUCGCGAUGUAUCCUACUCCGGAAGGUGCCUUGACGUGCAUUCACCAGAAUAAGGAAGCCGCUCAAGCAACUAUUAAACGUAUCGCCGAUGUGCUCACGCUACCUCGCGUUCGUGUCGUCUUGGCACACGAUGGGGAAUGGUAUCAUAAGAAUAAAGAUGGAGACGCGUUCUGGCCGGGAAAGAUUCCUUCCCUGUGA